UUUUGCUUUUUAAUUCAUAUAAAUCAUUUUGUAUAUUAAUCUUCACAGCUUGUACCAACCCCAAUAUCGCUCUAAAUAUCACCCAAACAAUAAUAUAUACAAAAUGACAAUCCCCUUAUUUGUCGGGGAAGACAAUUUGGUGAUGGUGGUCAAUUGAAAUGGAUUGGAAGGGAAAAUGGAAAAAUUGUGAAGGAUGUGCGGGUGCUGGGUGGUGGUGGGGGGAAGGGGGUUUUGAGUUGUCUGGGUCAGUGGGCUAAAAAGUGUAUUUAUAUUUAUUGGUAGGCGCUUCGCUCUUUUAAAUGAGAAAAGAAUUAUUGGUUAGAUUUGAAGGGCAAAAAUUUAAAAAAAAAAGAAAAUUUUUUUUUGGUGUCAAGAGAUUUUGGAAAAUUAUUUAUGGACUAUUUUAGAUUUAAGCAAAAAUUAAAUUAAAAAAUAAUUAAGGAAAUUUAGAUAAAGAAAAUUUUAAAUUAUAAGGAAAUUAGAAAAUAAGGAUAAAAAAUAAAUUAUUAACAAGGAAUCAACAAGGAAUUAAAAGUCUUACAAAUGCCAACAAAAAUAAAUGUCCUUUUAAAAUUUUCAAAGAAAUUAAAAAUGAGAAAAUCCGGCGCAAUAAAGAAGGGAUGAGUGGACGGGGAGGGAGAUGUGGGAAGGCGAUGACGACGAAUUGUGUUUGGAUUGGUAAAAAAAGGGGGCAAAGCACGGGUGGUGGACGUCAGUGCCUGUCUCCGGUGCUCUGCGCCGCCGUUACAACAGCCCAACCAUCAUCAUCACAUCUCCACGACCGCGAAAGGGCAGCAGAAAAAGCAAUGAGGUCUUCUUCUAAAAUACUUCCCAACCCCGUCUUCAUCGUCCUCACACCGUUGUCGAUUCUUUUUAGCCCAUCGGUUCGUGUCGGUGUCGGCCACGAAUAA